CGGCCGCGCGCCAACGCGCUCUGGUCCUGCUGGUACGGCGUGCUGACGUGCGCGCUACAUGCCGGCCUGGCGUACCGCGCGCUGCUGGCGUACCGCGCCUACCUGCGCCUGCCGUGGCAGACCACGCCCGCCGAGCUGGCGGUCUACCUCGGCCUCGUGGCCGUGUCACUCGCGCUCGCGCCGUUCUUCCUCGUCGCCAGCUGCCUGCGCGUCGGCAACCGCGCCAACGACGGCGCGCGCUUCGGUUCGCCGCGCGUCCGCGGCGCGGCGCUGCCAUCGCCGCGGCCCGGCGCGCUGCGGAACAUGUGGCGCCACGGGCCGCCGACGGCGCCGCUGCUGCACGUGCUGAUGGCGGCGCUGCUGUGCGUCGCUGAGCUGGUGAUGGAGGCCAGGCUCAUUGGCAACGGUUUCCUGCCGCCAGACCUGGUGUGGCGCACCGAGCUGGACGCCUUCCUCGACCUCACCACGCGCGUGCUGCCGCUCAAGUUCAGCUCCCCGGCGCAGAACGUGACGGUGGUGGCGACGGCACCGCCGCCGGCGCUCGUGCUGGACCCCGUCAGCGGCUACCUGCGCCGACAGGCGCCGCUGCCGGUCGGCCCCGAGUUCCUCCACCUGGCCGCCGCCCUGCUGGUGCUGUCGGUGCGGUACGCGGCCGUCUUCUGGGACUGCCAGCGCGUGCUGGCGGCCGCCUUCUCGGCGCAGCUGCUGUUGAACGGCGCGCACUUGCUGCUCUCGUUCUGCGGCUUCUCGGUGCUGUACAAGAUCCACGUGUACGGUGGUGCUGCGCUGCUGAGGCUGCCCGACCCGUUCCUGCUGAACGCGCCGCUCACAGCGCUCCUCUACGGCAUCGCGAGCCUGCUGGUGCUGCUCUCCGGGACCACCGUCUUCCUCUACGGCUUCCAGAAGCUGGCCGCCUUCGUGGCCACGCACCGCCGGCAGCUGCCGGAGAUGGCCGAGGCGCGCUGCCGCCUUUGGGGCUACUUCGCCCACAGCGCGGCGCUCUGCCUGCUCCUUGCCGUCGGCGUGGCAGACGGCCCGCUGCUCUACGACCUGAGUGCCGUCUACCGCGGCAGCCUGGAUCCGGCCAGCUUGGCGGCCGUCAUCGGCGCCAUCGUGCACCAUUUCCUCUGGGUGGUGCUGUGGCUGGUGCUGACGCUGCGCAGCCGGUGGCAGUUCCGCCUGCGCGUCGUCGCCGGCACGGUGGCCGUGCCGGACGCGCCGCACCUGCAGCUCGUGCACCGGGUGGAGCUGGGCCGCCGCACCGGCGCCGAGCAGGAGGACGAGGAGGAGCGUUACGUGCAGCUGCCACGCGGCUCCCAGCAGCGGCGGUCACGUGUCACCUUCGAACGUGACGGAUCCGGCAGGAGGUGCGGUGGUUACCAGCCAGUGCCCACGGACGAGGUGCGGGAGUCAGCCCCGUACGGACAGGCGGGCGCCGAGGAGGGCGACUACGUCUGCCUCUACAAGAGCCAGCAGCAGGUGUGUGUCAGGGGAGGAGUCAUGCCAACCGGCCAAGCUUGA